GUGUGGAAUCAGAGCUCGCCACCAGUUGAGUCGCCUCCGCUGUAGACGCUACAUCCAACAUGUCUGUAAGAGUAUUGCUUUGUGACCUAUGCGUCAUCCUGCUGUUUGGACUGAACUUCAUCUUGGCUGACGAGAAACCAAACAUUUUACCGGCGCCAGACGAUGGCCCUAAAGGCAACUGUUCGUGUGGCGGAUUUGCGACUAGUUCGAUAGAACCCGGUAGUCAGCCUCUCCUCUCACAGACACCGGGGCUGGUCGUCAAGUGUGACGAUGAAGGAGCGGGUACGUGCAAGAGUCUCUGCAAUGCCUUGGCGACCGCUACCAAAGCGAAGGGACCCGAAGUCUUAUGCAAUAGACUAAAGAACGCGAAGGAAUUAAAGUUGUCAGCGUUCUACCAGAUUUGCGACAAGCCGUGGACGUAUGCCGAACUGACCGCUGACGUGCCGUUGUGCUGCGAAGAAUCCAAGGUGAAGCCCUGCCCCUCCGUGGAGAAGACGAACACCACAGACACAGUAGACGCUAAGACAGUUAUGUAACGCCCCGGCUAUUUAUGUGUAUUGUGGUAGAACUUAGACGUGCAUUUAUUAUAGUAAAUGAAUGAUUAUUUAAAAA